AUGGAAAUAAUAUAAGAGAUCAAAUGCAUGAAACCAAAAUAUGAUGAUGUUAUUCGAUUGACGCAUGAAAAGGAUCAUAAGAGAAUUCAUGAGCAUUCUAAGAAAGAACAUCUGAACUAUUCAGAGUCAUAUUUUUUAAACAAAAACAUAAAGGUUACUUUUAGGGUGCUUAUUUAAUGGUAUAAAUCGUUAAUUACUUUUAAUAUUUAUCUCUCAAAACCUUCCCAACAAAUUUAUUUAUAUGUAAUGAGAGUUCAGAGUAAGGAAAUAAAUAUCUAAAUGAUCUUGUUAUAAAAGCUUUUUAUUAACUCGAAAAGUAUAUGA